AUGGUGUUUAAGCGUGGGGCACUAAUUGUUAUUGAAGGAGUUGAUAGGACUGGUAAAACGACACAAUGCAGAAAUCUAGUUGAAGGUUUGAAAAAUAAGAAUGUAGCAGCUAUGUACUCCAAUUUUCCUGACCGAACCUCUGAAAUUGGGAAAGUUAUUAAUCACUAUUUGACCAGCAAGUCUGAAAUGUCUGAUGAAACAAUUCAUUUGUUGUUUUCUGCAAACCGUUGGGAAAAAUGUGGUGAAAUAAAAAAACUAUUAGAAGCAGGAACCACACUUGUUAUAGACAGAUAUUGUUUUUCUGGUGUAGCCUUUUCAGGGGCAAAAGGAUUGGAUAUAAAUUGGUGUAAAAAUUCUGAUGCCGGUUUACCAAAACCUGACAAAGUGUUUUUUUUAAACAUGCCAUUGGAAGCAGCCAUGCAAAGGAAUGGCUUUGGAAAUGAAAGGUAUGAGGUUGGGAGUUUUCAAAAAAAUGUCUUGGAUGUGUAUAUGCAAUUAAAAGAUGAUAAAUGGGACAUCUUGGAUGCUAACAGGCCCAUGGACAUUAUACAAGAAGAACUCUUACAGAAAACCCUUGAUGUUGUAAAAAAUGUUAGUAAUGAACCUUUAGAUAAAAUAUGGAUUAAUAAAUAG